AUGGGUGUUCCAAAAUUCUUUCGAUGGCUCAGCGAGCGAUACCCUGCCAUCUCACAGCUGAUCGCAGAGAACCGCAUUCCAGAAUUCGACUGUCUUUACCUCGAUAUGAAUGGCAUCAUCCACAAUUGUACGCACAAGGACUCUGACUCCCCUUCUUUCCGGAUGACCGAGGACAAGAUGUUCAUCGCCAUCUUCAACUAUAUAGAGCAUCUUUUCGGCAAGAUAAAACCGAAAAAGCUGUUUUUCAUGGCCGUCGAUGGAGUGGCACCCCGGGCCAAGAUGAAUCAACAGCGCUCUCGCCGCUUUCGUACCGCCCUCGACGCAGAGAAGGCUCGUGAAAAGGCAAUCAAAGAAGGCGUGGAGUUGCCCAAGGAAGAUCCGUUUGACAGCAAUUGCAUUACCCCUGGUACAGAAUUCAUGGCCAGGCUUACUAAACAGCUCAAGUAUUUCAUCAGCAAGAAGGUCUCUGAAGACGUCGAUUGGCAAGGUGUCGAGGUCGUGUUGUCCGGUCACGAAGUUCCCGGAGAAGGGGAACACAAAAUCAUGGAGUAUAUCCGACAAGCCAAAGCGCAGCCUGACUACGACCCCAAUGUACGCCACUGUUUGUAUGGGCUGGAUGCUGAUCUGAUCAUGUUGGGUCUGCUGAGCCACGACCCACACUUCUGCUUGCUUCGCGAGGAAGUUACUUUCGGAAGACAGUCACAAAAGAAAUCCAAGGAGCUAGAGCAUCAGAACUUCUACCUCAUGCAUCUUUGCAUUGUCAGAGAAUACCUGGAGCUGGAGUUCCAGGAGCUAAAGCAGCCGGGCGCUCUUGAAUUUGAUUAUGAUAUGGAACGAAUCAUCGACGACUUCAUCUUAAUGGCUUUCUUUGUUGGAAACGAUUUCUUACCCAACUUGCCAAAUCUGCAUAUCAACGAAGGGGCGCUGGCACUCAUGUUCCAAAAAUACAAACAAAUUCUCCCAACAUUGGGCGGUUACAUUAACGAACAUGGUGUCAUCAACCUCCAACGGUUGGGAGUACUCCUGGAUGAGUUGGCAGAGGUAGAAAAUCGGUUCUUUGAGGCAGAAUACGCAGGUGCCAAAUGGAUCGACGCGAAACGGAAUGGUCAAAAUGCAGACGAGCCACUGACAACUUCGCGUGGUCCUGUCAGGAUCUCUCCUGAACAAAAGCAGCUCUUCAAGGAGGUGAAGAAAUACUUUAUAUCACCUGUCAACAAGGACCCGGCGACAAAACAGCCACUCAAACUAUCUUCCACACUUCCGGCACGAGAUCGUAAAUUUGUCCAGCAACUCGCCACCGACUUGAAUUUGCAGUGGUCCACAAAGGAAGACAGCGACGGCAACCGCUUCCUUCAGUUGGAAUUCCCUCCCAAGGGCGCACAGGCAGAGUCGGACGAAGAAGACGAAGAGUCGGAGUUGGCCAUAAUGCGGGUCUUGAAGAGAUAUGAGAAUGCGAAAGUCGAAGAGAGCACCGACGAGCAAGCGCAACAAGACAUGCAGAAGAAGUACGACCAAAAGUUUCAGGAAUGGAAAGAUCAAUACUACAAGGAAAAGUUCGGCUGGGGCCUUGAGAACGAAGAGGGCUUGAGGAAAUUGGCGGAAAACUACGUACAGGGAUUGCAAUGGGUCCUUUUCUACUAUUAUCGUGGCGUUGCUUCAUGGCCUUGGUUUUAUCAAUAUCACUACUCACCCAUGAUUUCGGACGUCAAGAGAGGUCUGGGCGCGGAUAUGAACUUCAAACUCGGUCAACCUUUCCGACCAUUUCAACAGCUGAUGGGCGUUCUUCCGGAUCGAAGCAAGAAAAUUGUCCCAGAAGUUUAUCACGAGUUGAUGACAUCAAAAGAUUCACCCAUCAUCGAUUUCUAUCCCCGAGAUUUUGCACUGGAUAUGAAUGGCAAGAAACAGGAAUGGGAAGCUGUGGUCAAGAUUCCAUUCAUUGACGAGCGGCGGCUUCUCGAUGCUAUGGCUUCUAAAGAUGCGCUGCUUACCGAAGACGAACGCCUCCGCAAUGACUUUGGGGUGAGCUUGAAAUUCACGUAUUCUCCAGAGGUCGACUACACUUAUCCUUCAUCAUUUGUCGGAAUCUUCCCAGAUCUGCCGCAUUGUCACUGCAUCCAAAAUGAAUUUGAGCUUCCGACAAUGGACGGGCUGGAGCCGUAUGUGGGUCUGGUGGAAGGAGUCAAACUUGGUAUCGCAGCUUUGGCUGGCUUUCCGAGUUUGAAGACGCUCCCAUUUACCGGCUCGUUGGGAUUCCACGGCGUGAACGUCUUCCAGCAAGACAGCCGCAAUGAGAGCAUGAUCGUCACCUUAUCAGAUACCGAAACGCGAACCAAAGUGGAGUAUGCCAAAGUCCUUUUGGACAGGCGUGUCUAUGUUGGAUAUCCGUUCUUACAAGAAGCAAAGAUUGUCAAAGUUUCGGACGAACUUUUCGACUAUGUCAUGGCGGAUGAUGGGACAAGCGUGCCUCAUCAGAUCAGGGCGAUCGAGCACUCUGGAAACGAAAUCGACCAGUUCCGGAAGAAGGCAGAUCGAAUUGAGAAGUUCUACAGCAAGAGACUUGGAAUGUUGAUUGGCGAAGUUGAAUCUCUGGUCCACGUCGAGAUGCUCAAGGGCCUCAAGAAACUGGACGACGGAUCCACUGUCAAGGAAUUUGCCGAGCUUCCAGGCCUCGACACCAUCCAUGCGACUCAGCUUAUAGUGGAAAAUGUGAUCAGCGAGGAUGUUCGUUUCAUUGAGCAAGCGGCUCGACCCAUCGAAGAAGAAUUUCCAGACGGUACUAACGCCUUCUUCCUUGGAGAUUAUGCUUAUGGACGCCCUGUCAGUGUCAUCGGCCAUGAGAACGGCAAAGCAAAAUGUUUGAUUGCGCUCUCGAAAGCACGUCAGGUGGAGUUUGGACGCGAUAUUGCCCGGCAGGCAGAAAGGUUGUCACCAUAUACACCUUCGUACCAGGUUGCCCAGAGCCUCGGCUUGAAUCCUCUGGCACUAGCAAAGAUCACCUCGUCAUUUUCGAUCACAGUAGAUGACUCCAGGGUGAACCUGGGCCUAAAUCUCAAGUUUGAAGCCAAAAAGCUAAAAGUUCUCGGCUACUCACGCAAAGGCCAGAGCGGAUGGGAGUUCAGUCGAGCGGCUGUUGAACUGAUUCAACAAUACAUGAUACGAUUUCCGCAGUUCAUUGCCGGCAUCCACAAGAACCCGCAAGGGGACAUGUUGCCUGCGACAGCAUACUUUCCUGGCGACGAACAGCAGGCCAAAGAAAAAGUGAAAGAGAUUCAAGCAUGGUUGAAAGAGAUCGAGUCAAAGAGCUUCGAGAAAGUCCCGCUCGAAGCCGAGCAAUUGGAUUCAGAGAUUGUGAAGCGCAUCGAGCAAGCUGCGGACGAAGCACUUCGCUCAGAGCCUGCUCCGUACAACAAAACCAUUGGAGGAGUCCCUCGAAAUGCGCUUUUGAAGCCCUCGGAUGCGCAAUGGCGUCUUGGAAACCAAAGAUUUAGUCUCGGAGACAGGGUGAUUUACGUGGCUGACUCGGGCAAAGUCCCGAUUGCCUCCAAGGGAACUGUUGUCGGUCUGACCCAAACCACAAGGGAAACCUGGCUUGAUGUUGUCUUCGACGUCUCUUUUAUGAGUGGGACAUCGUUGGGAGACCGCUGCUCACCAUUCCGGGGAUCCACCGUGCCGACAUGGUCUGUUUUGAACCUCAGUAAUCGACAAGUGCUUGCUUCGUCAAAGGCAAGCGCAAACCGACAAACCAAUGGCACAGGGCACUCGCCUCUCACCGUCCCCGGUUAUGGCCAACCUGGCAUCGGAGGCUCGGGUCAAUUACGUCCAGCCGGGACACCUCCAGCAUUGCGGGGUACGUGGCGUGGAGCUGUAUCUGGCCAUGCAUCUGGCGGUCGAGGCCAGUUGACCGGAACGUCCAUGCCAAUCCGGAACAUGUCUGGCUCACCUGCCAACGGUCACCGGGGUAAUGCGACGAAUGGCCAACAUGGUCGUGGUGGUCGUGCAUCGAUGGGUCAUGUCAGUGCUCGAGGAGGAUACACUAUCGUGGAUCGAGGAGACGCUCAAACUGGAGUUGUCCAGAACAAUCCUAAUUUCCGGCCGAAGUCGCAGAACAAUGUUCCUCCACCUGCAAGCUUGAAUCAGCCUGCCACCCCACGGGGUCGUGGUCGAGGACGUGGAGAUUGUGACCCCUAUCUGUUACCGGUGGCUCUUGUUCAAGCUGAUUCGACACUGUCCCCAUUGUGUUCCUGGCUGGCUCUCCACGUCCGAGUCUUGGACCACGUCAGAUUUGCCCGUCGAACCCCUCAACCGAAUGCGCUUGCUACCCCCACGCUAUCGAGGGUCAGACACGUUUUCUAUGUUCCAAACAAGAACUAUGAUGCCACCAUCCCCACAAUCUCAAUCCACGAUGAACUACUGCCGUGCCACUCCCAAACCGUUGCCGAAGAAGCACAUCUCGCGCUGAUCCAUAUUCCCAUUGAGUUGUACGCCUUGACCCUUCAGCCGAUUCUCCGGCUCCUGUUUGGAGAAGACCACGACGAGGACGCCGCAAAGAUUUCGUGGACCAACCGCCAUGACUUUCUCAACAUCUCCAUCACUGCCAUUGAAUGCUCCAUCAUAUGCUCGAGAUACCUCGCUGACCGAUUCGUGCGCCCGAUUGCUGAUGUCCUCAACAAUGUUCACGCCGGCAACAAGAAGGGGAAGUCGACGGGGGAAAUCCAGAUCGGAAACGAAGACUAUACAGUCAUCCAAGUCGACGGGCAAGGCCUUGACGCCGGCCAGAGGGUGUUGGAACUGACGUCGCCAUUGGCAAUGGCUGGAAUAAGCAUUUUCUUCAUCACGACGUAUUUCUCUGACUAUAUUCUUGUUCCCUUCCGGGCGCGAGGCACCGUCACCACGGCGCUUCAACAACGAGGAUUCGUCUUCUCCAAGACCGCCGACGCCUUUGUGUCGCAACUCUCGCCGUCAUCUCCCACCUUGCUCCAGGGCGGCGCGAGGCCGCCGGCGUCACCAUUCUUCGACAGGUCGGCUCCCCCGACCCCGCCGGCCAAGGACAUCCCUGAGCUCCAGGUGCGGACGUUCCGAAAGCUCCAGCGGAACAAUAUCCGGCCUCUUGUCGACCGUGAGAUCCGUCUGGCCAACUGCGCCGGCAGCCGCGAGUACAGCAAGGCCAGCGACGAGCAGCUCAAGGACGACCUCCUCCAAGUCCUGCUGGCGACCGCGGCACCCACGACGACGCCUUCGUCGAAAUCGGUCACGGCCACGACGAUAUCGGCAGCCGGACUGAGUCUGAGCACGCCGCCACCACCGCCACCAGCGUCCGGCGCCGACCUGGACUUUGGCGCCAAAUUCCUCUCCCUGACCAUCACCUCGGACGAACCCAUCUCGGUGCUCCUGGAACAUCGCCUGCUCGACCGCCUAGGCGGGUCGCUCCUAGGCGCCAAAUCCGCCGACGACGCCCUGAUCCCCAUCACGCUGGACCUGCGCGACCUCCCGCUCGACGCCACGGGCAUUGUCUGUGGCGUGGCUGGCCGCCUCGCCCAGGGGAGCACCGAUCUUCCAGACGAACAGGUCACUUUGAGCGGCAGCGGCACGACAUCGGCGAUCGAGAUUGGCCCGCGCGACGAACCCGUCGAGAUCGGCUUCCUCAGCACCGCCAGAGCAGGCACCGUCAUCGUCCGCGCGUCCCAGCUCGAAGAGGCCCUCGAGGCCCUCGAUUAUGGCAUGAUGAGGGUCGUGGAGGAGGAGAGGGCUUGA